AAGAGGAAGUUGACGCUAUAAGUAAGACGCUAUGUCAGAGACGAACAGGGUCCAUUUUAAAAGUGCUGUUGAAGAUGAUACGUGUAGAACUUUUAGUUCUCUCUCUCCUAACAGUCUUAUCAGUGGUGAUGGGAGAUACCAUUGGCUACCUGGGAGAGUCUGUCACCUUAUCCUCUGGAGCCAAUCCAUCCUGGCACAUCACCAAGAUAACGUGGUCCAUAUACAACAACGACACCUGGAUCGCAACAUUCAGGAGCAGAAAUAGCAACACAGAAUGGCUCGGGAAGUUUAAGAGUCGACUGAGUCUCAACACCUCGUCUGGCGACUUGGAGAUCAGAGAUGUUCAGAGAGGGGAUGAACUGGUUUACUCUGUUCUCCUCACACACAGUCAGGGGGAGCAGCAGAUCAGUAAGGUACCACUCACUGUGACAGAGCGUCUCGUUGAGCCUAGUGUUCAAAAGGUCUUCAGCGUUCUGAAGGACGGACACUGUGUGAUGGCUCUUCAGUGCUCCUCUUCGGUGAAGGACACCAGAUUUUCUUGGGAGCCAGAAGCUUCGUUUGACGGCUCCUUCUGGAGGGGGAGUCCCAACGCCAACGCCUCUGUUGUCUGGGCGUCUUACAGCCCCAACAGAAAUGUCAUCUUCAUCUGUACUGCCAGCAACGGGCUCACUAACGCCUCUAAGGUUGUGAGGGAGAUAUGCCAAGAUGAACAGCCAAAGCCUGACGUGGUGGUGGAGGGGGAGAACCGCGUCCCCGGGAUCAUAAAAUUGCUCUUAGGAUUUCUGUUCGGAUGUCUUUUAACAUAUAUUUUCAGAGAGUCCCUCACAUGCUUAUCAAUCAGGUUCAACAAGAGUCGAAGCAUCAACAAGUUGUGUCCUACACUUUCGGGAAAUGAAAAAAACUCCAGCCUACCUAUAGAGAGGAGUUGAACAUCGGAGCUGUCAAACCAAAACUCCAGCCUACCUAUAGAGAGGAGUUGAACAUCGGAGCCGUCAAACCAAAACUCCAGCCUACCUAUAGAGAGGAGGUAAACAUCGGAGCCGUCAAACCAAAACUCCAGCCUACCUAUAGAGAGGAGUUGAACUGUCACAUGAUCUCAGUAUAUGCAACUUUUCAGGAAAGUUAGGAACCAAUAUGCACAGGCAGUUAGGAAAGCAAAGGCUAGCUUUUUCAGACUUUUUUUUGCAUCCUGUAGCAUA